CCGCGGGCGAUGGGAAGAAGAACCGGAGCACUGCCGGGUUGGGCUGCUCUGCCGGCGCCUCGGGAGGAGGGCGAGAAAGCGGCUUCCGCGGCUCGGCUGCAAACCAGAGAGGCGCGCGCACCGGAGCGCCAAGCCGCGCCCGGCCACCCCCAGCGCUCAGGGAAGCACCCUGAGGACGCGGCGCCGCCCCACGGAGCGCCCUUCUCCGUUGCGAAGGGAACGAGGAGAAGGAAGCCCCUGCGGAUCUUGCGCGGGACGAGCGCAGCACAGCGCACCCCGACCCGCACCCACCUUCGCUUUUGCGCAGCCGGCCCGGGUGCCCUCGCCUCGCCUCGCCGCCCUCUCCAUCCCCUCUCCCGGGGCUCGUCUUUGGCCCCAAAUCGGGGCCAGGAAGGAAGAAGGGAGCGUGCUGCAGCGGCAAUAAUUGCACCAAUAACAGCAAUUAUUUGCGAGUUUGGCGGACCUCGUGGGGUCCCCAAAUCCGUGCGCCGCAGAGAGACAGAAAGCCUGGCGUGAUGAUGCAGCAGUCGCAGAAAAGGAGGCUGGGGAUUUGGGAGCACAGCGACGAGGAGGCCUUGAUCCGGCGCCCUUCCCCGUUUUUUUGAGAGAGAGAUUCCGCCCUUCUCCAUGCUAGCUAUGAGCAGCUUCUUCUUGCACCCGCGGCCAGCCCUGCGCGGCUGCUGCGCCCCUUUCCUGGCCUCGGGCGCCGGCUGUUUUGCGCACUGCAGCAGACGCAGCGCCUCCUCGCGCUGCGCCCCCGGCCGCCACCGGCGCCUGCGGGUCUUGGUGGACAUGGACGGGGUGCUGGCGGAUUUCGAGGGGGGCUUCCUGAAGAAGUUCAGAGCCAAGUAUCCGGAGAAGCCCUACAUCUCUUUGGAGGACCGCAGGGGGUUCUGGGUCUCGGAGCAGUAUGGGCAGCUGGAAUCGGAGCUGAGCGAAAAGGCAAUUGGCAUUUGGGAAUCAAAGAACUUCUUCAUGGAACUGGAUCCGCUCCCAGGGGCCGUGGAAGCCGUCAAGCAGAUGGUCGAGUUAAAAGAGACCGAUGUGUUCAUAUGCACCAGUCCUAUCAAGAAGUAUCGGUAUUGCCCAUACGAAAAGGAGUUGAGAAGAGUCCGAGCUGGGAGCACGUCCUCUUCACGGCCUGCCACAACAAGCACCUCCAGCUGCCUCCUCUUCGUCGGAGGCUGCACUCGUGGACCGACGACUGGAAGGCCAUCUUGGAUAGCAAGCGGGCACUGUAGAGCUCGUUGGGAGAGUCUCCUCGUUGUGCCCGGUGAGGGGCCAGAAUCAGUGGUGGAGGCCCCGCGGGGAGAAGCAGGAAAAAACAUAUCUUUGGUUUCAGUUAUGGAGCCAGAGACGAGGGCAGGCUUCCCAAGAAAAGGGAGCUUUGUCCGUGCCGCUAGCGCCAUCACAAAGCUGGGCCACCAAAGUACCUUUGCCAAGCACCCUUCCUGGGUCUGACUUGGCCUAGUCCAAAGGACGUCUUAUCCCAAAGGAAGGCCCAGUCAGGGGUGUUCAGCACCCACCAGGCACUGUUUAGCUUUAUAUCUGGCUUCUGUAAAGAUGGCCGCCAUCUUUAACGUCCGCUCCCCAUCUCGGACAUGCCUCCGUUUCCAGGACUGAAAUUUAGUUUGCUUCGGGUGGACGUUGAAAUGAGCUGAGGAGCAGGCCGGUCUGGGAGCCACUUCAAAAUCCAAAAUAUGUAUGUGUGUGUGUGUGUGUGUGUGUGUGAACUUUGGUAGCUCGCUUGCAAGGGGAAAAGCCUGGGCUGGGGAACCAGUCACCGGUCCAAACAUUGUUGGACUCCAAUUCCCAUCAUCCUUGAUCAUGCUAGCUGGGGAUGAUGGGAUGGAGUCUGUCAACAUCUGGAGGGCCACAGUUUCCCUACCCUUACUCCCAGAAACAUCCUCUCUGUCGUAGCGUUUGAUGGUUCAAGAUGGCGGCUGGUUGACAAACCCAGGUUUCCGAGCUGAGACCUGGUUCCAGCCAAGUUCUCCUUUGGGCUCUUGGUGUGUAAGCCAAAGUGACUGCCCUUCUGACAUAAGACCUUUGAAGUCUCAGGUUGGGCGAGGAGGCCUCAGUUCUCACAAAUGGCAAGAGAGGAGGUCCACCAUGUCAUUUUUUGUGGAUAGACUCACAAGACUGAAUGAACAUCAUACCCCACCAAAUAUCCCUCCAGGUAGAAGAAUUGUAUGCCAGGGAGAAAUAUUCUAGCCUGCUGGUUUUCUAUACAGAGGAAUUUUUAUUUUAUUUUUUUGGACAGGAGAACACUGCAAUGUGAGGUCCAUAUGCUGAAACAGUGCAGCCCAUGAGCAGGUAGACCAUUUCGCACUCGCUGCCCAUAGGAGCAAGGUCUGAGCUUCACCUUGGAGGGAACUUUCUGGAACGUUUGUGGUAUAUGUAGCUCUUUGGUUAGUGUCUCAGUCAAGUGACACUGGACAGAGGUCUUCCGUCAUGAGACACGUUCAAGCCCUCCAAACACACGGCAGCUAAAAAGCUUGUGACAGCACACAAGGAAGAAAGCUUUAUUGUUCCCGGAGGACGAAAGCCAAAAGGAUUUCCCCCCCGCCCAAGCUGAAAUCUGGCAAAUGGUCAGAAUUAAUUUGGCUUCGUGAAUCUGCAAUAUUUUGCAAGUUCUGCUUUUGAAAUCUGUUUUGAAUCUUUUACAAAACAAGAAAAGGAAGGAAAGAUUGACUCGUCAAUGUAUUUUAAAGGCAGCCCUUUCAAGUUUUCAAUUCCGUGCUUCGACGCUGUCCUCUUGUUUCCAUUCUCCCGGUUCAAAACGCCCAAAUUCAGCAGCUUUCCUAAACGGUCAUGUUGAAAAAUAAAUCUGAAAGAAUUAGAAUCA